AAAUUUGUGUCUUUCCCGAGAACCAAACAACCCAGGACCCAGCCUUGCCCUACCUGGCUGUAAAAGGGCCGUAACCCACUAGUACACAAUUCCCUCCUCUACAUAAACACACAAACCCUAUCCCUCUCCACCACCACACAAUCCUGGAUAAUCCUUCCAUGUCCUCCUAGCCCCUCCUAGCUUUCAAUAACCCAACUGAUUAUUUAUUUUGAUUUUUCCUUUUUUAUUCUUGAUUUGUUAGAAAGUUCGAUUCUUUUUACGAACGAAGAUGGCAAUCCCUUAUCCCCAAUUGUUUGCUACAGAGAAGGCACCAAUGGAGGCGGGUUUGCCUGCCCUGUCUCCGCCUCUGUCGCCUUCCCCUGUUAUUCUAACCCAAGACGAUUUGAAGAAAAUCGCCGCCUACAAGGCUGUUGAGUAUGUCGAAUCUGGGAUGGUUCUAGGAUUGGGUACGGGUUCCACGGCCAAGCACGCCGUCGAUCGAAUCGGCGAAUUGUUGCGACAGGGUAAGCUCAAGAAUAUUGUGGGCAUUCCCACCUCGAAGAAGACACACGAGCAAGCGAAAUCGUUAGGGAUUCCGCUCUCCGAUCUUGACACUCAUCCCACCGUUGAUCUUGCGAUCGACGGCGCCGAUGAGGUGGACCCAGGCCUCAAUCUCGUCAAGGGACGGGGUGGGUCAUUGUUACGAGAGAAAAUGGUUGAGAGUGCUUGUAAGAGAUUUAUUGUUAUCGUUGACGAGUCCAAGUGGGUUCGUUUCAUUGGGGAAGGUGGGCUUGCGAUGCCGGUGGAGGUGGUGCCGUUUUGUUGGAAGUUCUCGGCGAAGAGGCUUCAGAACCUGUUUGAGUACGCGGGUUGUGUGGCCAAGCUUAGGACAGAGAAGGAGGGCAGUGCCCAGCCGUUUGUGACAGAUAAUGGGAACUUCAUUGUGGACUUGUAUUUCAAGGAGGACAUUGGGGAUUUGAAGAUUGCCAGUGAUAAGAUUUUGAGGCUUGCUGGGGUAGUGGAGCACGGUAUGUUUCUUGAUAUGGCUUCUACAGUGAUUGUUGCUGGGGAGCUGGGGAUCACCAUCAAGCAUAAAGGGGAUCACCAUCAAGAAUAAUUGGGGAAGUGGAGGUAGUUCUUUUUUGCCUCCAUUGGAUUGAGAGGAUAUCUGACAAUGUUACUUUCUAAGGAGCUUAGAUAUGAUUUGGUGAUUUUUCUCGUUCAAAGGAGAAUAAUUUAUUGCUGUAAUAGGGGAGGGAUUAGCAUAUUUGAUAUAAGUUAUGGGAAGGGCUUACUCAAGUUUUGAUGUUAUCUGUCUUGACGCAGAAUUUAGAAAGGAAUAGUAGGAAAAGUAGUUUUUUUGUUGGAAGCUGAAUGAUCAGAUAUAUUUUAAUCUUGGUUGUCACGAUUAUUCAAUUUAAACUUCGGUCCAACUUUAAUUAGAUGAUAUGAUUCAUAUGAAUAUGAUACCAUGAAUCUCAAUAUAAUGGAAUGGACUGGGUCAAGCUCUUUAUACAGUCUAAGUGCCUCCUAUAUUUGUUUAUUGUAUGCUUGUCUGUUUCCCUGAGAGAAUUAAUUUGUUGAUUUUGUCA